AUGGUGGCGCGUUGCGUUUCAAGAUCAGACGACGUCGUAAUAAAGUCACCAAACGAUAAGAAACUGUAUAGAGUGAUUGAACUAGAUAACGGACUCUGUGCUUUGCUAGUUCACGAUCCGGAGAUUUAUCCAGAUGGAGUUCCAGAUGAUUCUGGAACUGUAGAAGGUAGUGAAAACGACGACGGAGAAGAGGACGAAACGGAAGACGAUGACGAUGGCGAUGCUGAUGAUGACGACGAAGAAGAAGAAGACGAGGAGGAGGAAGAAGAGAAAGGAAAGGGAGGUGCUUCGUCUCAGACUAAGAAGGCAGCAGCUGCAAUGUGUGUAGCAAUGGGAAGUUUUUCUGAUCCUGCUGAAGCUCAGGGUCUUGCUCAUUUUCUAGAAUUCAACCAGGUUUUGCAAAGUGAUGCUUGCCGCCUUCAACAGCUGCAAUGCCAUACGUCUGGACGUGGUCAUCCAUUUAACAGAUUCUCCUGGGGUAAGCUUGCCUCUGCAAAACUGAGUGCUUUCCUUUGUUUCACGGAAGGCAAUAAGAAGAGCCUUGUUGAUGCCAUGGAGAAAGGGAUAAAUUUGCGGGAGCACAUAUUAAAAUUAUAUGUAGAUUACUACCAUGGUGGACUAAUGAAGCUGGUUGUCAUUGGAGGAGAGCCUCUGGAUGUACUUGAGAGCUGGGUUAUCGAAUUGUUCGCUAAAGUCAGAAAAGGUCCUCAGACAAAGCCAAAAUUUCAGGUGGAAGGCCCUAUCUGGAAAGCUGGUAUACUUUAUAGAUUACAUUCUGUAAAAGAUGUUCACAUCCUCGAUUUAACUUGGACACUGCCUUGUCUUCACCAAGAUUAUCUGAAAAAAUCUGAAGAUUAUUUAGCCCAUCUGCUCGGGCAUGAGGGCAAAGGAAGCUUGCAUUCAUUUCUCAAAGCUAGAGGAUUGGCAACUUCCUUGUCGGCGGGAGUUGGGGAUGAAGGAAUGCAUCGAUCUUCUAUAGCUUACAUCUUUGGCAUGUCCAUUCACUUGACUGACUCUGGCUUGGAAAAGCUAAGAUUUGCUUUCAUGGAGGAUCUUGAGGAGCUGCUUUUAAUGCAGUGCAGAGCAUGUCCACUUGCCCAGACCAUUUUUGACAUCAUCAGCUUUGUUUAUCAAUACCUUAAACUAUUACGAGAAGUUCCACCUCAACAAUGGAUAUUUAAGGAACUACAGGAUAUUGGAAACAUGGAAUUCAGAUUUGCAGAAGAGCAACCUCAGGACGAUUAUGCUGCAGAACUUGCAGAAAAUUUACUUGUUUUCCCGGCAGAAAAUGUUAUAUAUUGUGACUAUGUGUACAAGAUUUGGGAUGAGGAAUCGAUAAAACAUCUACUGCAUCUCUUUACACCUGAAAACAUGAGGAUUGAUGUAGUGUCAAAGUCAUCUGUGAAGUCACAAGAUCUCCAAUGUGAGCCUUGGUUUGGAUCAUCUUAUAUUGAAGAAGAUAUUCCACCUUCUUUGAUGGAAUUAUGGAGGGAUCCCCCAGAAGUUGAUGCUUCAUUACAUCUGCCUUCAAAGAAUGAGUUUGUUCCAAGCGACUUUUCAAUUCGUGCUGAUAACUUAGACCAUGAUCCUGUAAAUUCAUCUUUCCCAAGAUGUAUAAUUGAUGAACCAUUAAUGAAGUUCUGGUACAAGCUCGAUAGCACUUUUAAAGUACCUCGUGCAAAUACAUAUUUCCGCAUAAAUCUGAAAGGGGCAUAUGCAAGUUUGAAGAGUUUUCUCAUGACUGAACUGUUUCUUCUCCUUCUCAAAGAUGAGCUGAAUGAGAUAACUUAUCAGGCCAGUGUAGCCAGGUUAGAAACAUCUAUAUCUCUUGUUAGUGACAAGCUGGAGCUAAAGGUUUAUGGUUUCAAUGAGAAGGUCCCAGCUCUCUUAUCUAAGGUUUUGGUGAUAGCGAGAUCCUUUUUGCCAACGGAUGAUCGUUUUAAGGUUAUUAAAGAGGAUUUGGAGAGAAAUUUAAAAAAUGCCAACAUGAAGCCUCUAAGUCAUUCAUCAUAUUUGAGGCUUCAAGUUCUGUGUAAGAGCUUCUAUGAUGUUGAGGAGAAACAACAUGUUCUAAGUGAUCUGUCUCUUGCUGAUUUGAAUUCAUUUAUUCCUGAUCUUCGUUCCCAGCUCUAUAUCGAGGCCCUUUGCCACGGCAAUUUGUUAGAAGAAGAAGCAAUAAACUUAUCAAAUAUAAUUAGAAGUAACUUAUCUCUACAACCACUUCCAGUGGAUAUGAGGCAUGAAGAGCAUAUAAUAUGUCUUCCGUCUAGAGCCAAUCUUGUGAGAGAUGUCAAUGUGAAGAAUAAGUCUGAAACAAACUCUGUGGCUGAGCUUUAUUUCCAAAUUGAGCCAGAAGUGGGGUUGGAGUCAAUAAAGUUGAAGGCCCUGAUGGAUCUUUUUGAUGAAAUUGUGGAAGAACCACUUUUUAAUCAACUAAGGACAAAAGAGCAGCUUGGUUAUGUUGUUCAAUGUAGCCCCCGUGUGACUUAUCGUAUUUAUGGGUUUUGUUUCUGCGUCCAAUCUUCCAAGUACAACCCAGUUUACUUGCUAGGAAGGAUUGAAAAUUUCAUAAAUGGGCUCGAAGAGUUAUUAGAAGGACUUGAUGAUGCAUCCUUUGCGAACUACAAAAGUGGGUUAAUGGCGAAGCUACUGGAGAAAGAUCCUUCUCUCCAGUAUGAAACCAAUCGGCUGUGGAAUCAGAUAAGUGAUAAAAGGUAUAUGUUUGACUUCUUACUGAAAGAAGCAGAAGAGCUUAAAAGCAUUCACAAGACUGAUGUCAUCAACUGGUUCAGAACCUAUUUGCAACAAUCAUCCCCAAAGUGUAGGAGACUUACGAUUCGGCUAUGGGGUUGCAACACUGACUUGAAAGAAGUUGAAAAUCAACCAGAUUCUGAGCAUGUCAUUAAAGACGUCGAUUCCUUUAAGGUAUCAUCCGAGUACUAUCCGAGCCUUUGCUGA